AUGGACAGACACGUCAACUUGUUGUACUUGCCAGAUCCGCGAGAUGACAACGUUGGACACUUUGUAUGGAUAAAAAACUUGUCUCGACUUGUGAGCUCACAACUAAGCAAACAUGAUCAUAAGAAGUAUAUCUGCAGCCGAUGCUUGCACUAUUUUAGUUCGAGCGCAAGGUUGCAGGUCUAUACUUUAGAUUGUGGAGAAAUGAACGACUGCGCCAUCCUGCUGUCUAGCGAAGAUGACAAAUGGCUCA